AUAUUCCAAAAGAUUAUCGAGUUUUGGAUGCGUACACUAAUGCUCAAAAUGAACAAAAUGAACAAAACUUGCGGCCAAGUGAUACUAUUAUUGAAGCAAUUUUUGAUUUAAUGUCCAUUUCAUUAAUUAUAUUUAGUAUAGACGCGGUACACGCUUCCAAUUCAAGAACAGUUGCAAAGUUAGAUUCGAUCUUCUUGCGGUUAAUCAAUUAUUUUAUUCAAUCACUUAUAUUUGCUUUUUCAAUUGCUUUCACAAUUAUGAUUUAUAUAAAUACUCGUGAUAUUUUUUAUUUACAAUAUAUUAUUGUUUCUUCUUGUUUCAUGGCUAUAAAUUUUAUAUUGGAUGUUUGCGCAGGACAUGAACCUGAUAUUUUGUCUUCUAGUGAAUUUAUUGUUCAUUUGAUUUUUUUUAUUAUAGCUGUUGUACGUGGAUAUAUUACCAACAAUCGUUAUUUAUUUAUACUUUUACCUUCAUUAUUUGUUAUCAUUUUCCCAAUUAUUGCAUAUUUUACGGCUCUUAUUAAAG